CUAACUCAUCCAUCUUAAGCAACCUUCCAGUGCGAGUGAAAGCAAAGGCUAAUUCUCGCCCUUUUUCAUCCAACCCCAACCGACGAUGGGCGGGCUCGCUCUUUUCCUCGCAAAGCUCGAGGACGCAAUCCCAGCGUCCUUGACAAAGUUCGAUGCCUUCCCCAAGCUCCCCUCCACCUACAAAGCCCGCUCAGAAUCUAGAGGAUUCUUGAUGGUUUUUGUUAUUAUUCUCGCUUUUUUGCUCAUGUUGAACGAUAUUGGAGAGUUUAUUUGGGGCUGGCCUGACUUCGAGUUUGGUGUGGACAAUGAUAAGGGCAGUACCCUCCCAAUCAACUUGGAUAUGACCGUGAAUAUGCCCUGCAAGUAUCUCACUGUCGAUUUGCGAGACGCGAUGGGAGAUCGUCUGUUCUUGAGCAAUGGGUUCCGCAGAGAUGGCACUAUUUUCGACGUUGGUCAGGCUACCGCUUUGAAGGAACAUGCAGCAGCCCUCUCAGCACAAGAAGCUGUCGCCCAGUCUCGCAAGUCCCGCGGCUUCUUCGCGACGUUAUUCCGAAGUAAAAAAUCCAAGUUCAAGCCCACCUACAACCACCAAGCAGACGCCAGUGCUUGCAGGAUUUGGGGAACGAUGUACGUGAAAAAGGUCACCGCCAACCUCCAUGUUACCACCCUCGGCCAUGGAUACGCGAGUUAUGAACAUGUGGACCACCACCUUAUGAACCUUUCGCACGUCAUCCAAGAAUUCUCCUUUGGGCCUCACUUCCCAGAGAUCGUCCAGCCCCUCGACAACUCGUUUGAAGCGACCCACGAGCACUUUAUUGCGUACCAGUACUUCUUGCAUGUGGUUCCUACGACCUAUGUUGCUCCACGCACUGCACCACUCGAAACCAACCAGUACAGCGUCACCCAUUACACUCGCGUUCUAGAACACAACCGCGGCACCCCCGGCAUCUUCUUCAAGUUCGAACUCGACCCACUCAAAAUCACGCAGUACCAGCGCACGACGACUCUCCUCCAACUCAUGAUUCGCUGCGUCGGUGUCAUCGGUGGUGUAUUCGUCUGCACGUCUUAUGCACUUCGCAUCGGAACGCGGGCUGUCGAGGUGGUGUCUGGAGCGGACCAGAAGGCAGGAAUUGUGGCUGCAGAGUCUACGGCGGUCAAGGUUGGGCUGAGGGCCAAGUGGGGUGGUUCGGAUCUUAGGGCGAGACCGGGCGCGGUGAACAGGUCGUUGAGUAGUGGAAGUUGGACACCUAGUUCGCCGUAUGGUGGGUUCCCGGCUACGACGCCUGUGACUGGGACGUACAGUGCGAUGCCGUCGCCGUAUCUUAGCAGCAACCAUGCGAUUCCUUCGCAGCCUGGUACGCCUAACCCGGCUACACCUGGGUACCCUGUCCCGCCCACGCCUGGAGGAAUCCGAACGGCUGCGAGCAUGGGCCCGCCACCGAGGACGCCUUCGUCUGCGUACCCCGCCAGCCCGUAUCUCGCCACGGGUGGUCCUACGGAUGGUGGUGCUUCGGUGCCUCCUACCCCUGGGUACCAGUACGCUACUUUCCCGACUUCACCCCAUCCUACGAAUGGGAAUGGUCUCCAUCCCCCGCCGCCUCCACGGAAGAACACUGGUGGACCCAAGGAUGAUUAGUUGACUCCUUUUUUUAGGUCAGAUGGUGUGCUCCGCUUUUCGAUUUUUUUCGAUUUUGAGCCUGCUCUAGUGCAUGGCGCGGUGCGUGUUGGGAGUUGUAUGUAUGUAUAGUAUUUUCGGAUGGCAAUUGAACGCUUUUGCUACGGGGGUUUAGUGCCCUU